GUUAUAUAUAAGAAUGGCUGCAUUAUUCUCUUCCUUGUUACUUUAUUUUUGGAUCUCAAAGUGGCUCUAAUUCUGGGAAGAAGACCAAAUGUCUUAAUAAAUUAUGGCAGACAACCUACUGAUAUAACAAUCUUCUGGAAAAACAAAAAAUUGCCUUAAAAUUGAGUGUAGAAGUUCUCUAAUAAAGUUUUCAAGGCUUUCAGCAAUCCUAAUCUUAUAAAAUGAACCGUUAUACAACCAUGAAACAACUCGGGGAUGGCACCUAUGGCAGUGUACUCAUGGGAAAGAGCAAUGAGUCAGGCGAACUUGUGGCUAUCAAAAGCUACACCGAUGCUGGGGCCUUCAUCACAACUCGGGAACCUGGACAGUUCAGGUGUUAUUCAGCUGGGAUGGUGAGGACCCUCGAUCUCUAGCUGACACUCCCACACGCAGUGACUGAGUCUUCGCUACAGACUACGCUGAAAGAUGCUACAGAGGCCUAAGCGUCUCACCACCCUUGAGUCCGACGAAGCAGCAACCGAGGAAGAAGAAGCCCGAGCCUUGGGGAUGAAAAGAAAGUUCUAUUCUUGGGAUGAAUGUAUGAAUUUGAGAGAAGUCAAGUCUCUUAAGAAAUUGAAUCAUGCCAAUGUGAUAAAAUUGAAAGAAGUCAUCAGAGAAAAUGACCACCUUUAUUUUGUGUUUGAAUACAUGAAGGAAAAUCUCUAUCAGUUAAUGAAGGACAGAAACAAGUUGUUCCCUGAGUCAGUCAUCAGAAACAUUAUGUAUCAAAUAUUACAAGGCCUAGCUUUUAUCCAUAAGCACGGUUUUUUCCAUCGGGAUAUGAAGCCUGAAAACCUUCUCUGUAUGGGUCCAGAGCUUGUGAAAAUAGCUGAUUUUGGGUUGGCUAGAGAACUAAGAUCUCAGCCACCAUACACAGAUUAUGUUUCUACCAGAUGGUACCGUGCACCUGAAGUUUUGUUAAGGUCUUCUGUUUAUAGCUCUCCUAUUGAUAUAUGGGCUGUUGGUAGCAUAAUGGCUGAACUUUACACGCUGAGACCUCUUUUCCCAGGGACAAGUGAAGUAGAUGAAAUCUUCAAAAUUUGCCAAGUAUUAGGCACUCCAAAGAAGAGUGAUUGGCCAGAAGGGUACCAGCUUGCAUCUGCCAUGAAUUUCCGCUUCCCUCAGUGUAUCCCUAUACACCUCAAAACUCUCAUUCCAAAUGCCAGCAAUGAGGCAAUACAGCUUAUGACUGAUAUGCUCAACUGGGAUCCAAAGAAACGACCUACAGCAAGUCAGGCGUUGAAACACCCUUAUUUUCAAGUUGGCCAAGUUUUAGGACCUUCUGCACACUAUUUGGAACAGAAACAAUCUGUUACUAAAUCCGCUCAGCUAACAGAGCCAAAGCCAAAUCUACUCAAAACAGAACCUGUAUCAAAACUAGAAUCUGUAUCCAAGCCAGAAUCUCAGUCUUCACCUGAUGUACUUGACAAGACUCAGCCACAAUUUCCAUCAAAGAUUAACCACCAACCUCUCCAGCAAAUUCAGCUGCCAGAGAACACAACUAACCAACAACUACCCCAACAGCAGCAGCCACAACCAGUUCUUCCAGACAUCAAUAAAAACUCAUCAUCACCAAAACACGCAACUAUAGGCCAUCAAAAUGGUGCAGUUGGUCUUAAAAAUUGCAGGAGACGAUGGGGUCAGACUCUCUUAAAGACUGUGGACAGCUGGGAUGACUUGGAGGACACAGAAUUUGGAAUUUCAUAUUCCAAGAAGCCCAGCAUGUUACAGUUAAAGGAAAAGAAAACAAAAGAGUUUCUGUUUAGUGUGCCAGAACCAAAGGCCUUGGGCUGUAUCCAUUCAGGAGGGGAAAGCAAAGCUCUGAUGCGAAAUGACUCUGGAAUAUCAAAUACAUCAGCAAAACAAUACUAUCUGAGACAAUCAAGAUAUCUUCCUGGUGUAAACCCCAAGAACGUCUCCUUGGUAGCAGCUAGUAGAGAAGGCUCCCAAGGAAUCUGGAACAAUCCAUUGUUUUCUAAGCCACUAGGGCCACCUGGAGGAGGUCUGUCUUUUAACAGAACAAAUGCAGGUGUUGCUUACAACCCAUCUGGAGGAUAUAUCCCUUCCUUUCAUAAAAAAGAAGUUGGAUCAGCUGGGCAAAGAAUACAGCUAGCUCCUCUUGGUGCAUCAGCAUCAGAUUAUUCUUGGAAAACCAAAGCUGCUCGUGCUCAAUUACCAGGCCCUACUUACAAUCCAGCAGCAAAAACCAUGAAUAUCCUGGCUCGCCCACCUCCAAUUCAACCAGUACAUGGAAGAACAGACUGGGUGGCCAAAUACGGAGGACAUCGAUAGAAGUGCUGUUUCAUGGUGCACUUUCUGUGCAAGUUACAUUGUUAUCCUACAAUGGGAAUCUGAAAUGCAUAUUUCCCUUAAUUUUUCUUAAGACUAUGCAAUAGUAGAAAUACUGGAGAUCUUCUAUUUUAUUUCUUCUGCGGGUAAUAAAAUCCAUAGGGCUAAAAGAUAGGAUUUUAUAUAGUAGUGUAUAAAUAUCUUGCCAAAAUUGAGUAUUUGUACUACUAAUAGACAACUUGUAAAUGUUGUUAGAAAACUUUUUGUAGACUUAGCUGCUGCUCUGUAUACUCUUAAAAUUGCAUGACUUUAAUUUAUCCUAUAAGAAUAACUCUGUAUUGGUGAUUUGUACAUUCAUAUCCAUAAGCAAGUAAUAGGGCCAAAUUGGAGCAACAACUGGCUUCUGAAUGGAUGCUGCUUCCUUGUGCAAGUUCCUUACUGUGAAGUUAAACAGUGAAAGCACAAAUAGUGGGAGUUUGAGAAUACAGCUCUCUUGAGUAGUGAAUGCUACAGUGAUGUGGCCACGGUAUCCUAAGAUUUAAUUAUGAUACCAGAAUAUUUUAUUAACAAAAUGUUCAUAUUAGGCCCUAAUUCUGCAGAUUUACAUCGCUGCUGCUCAUCUGAAAACUAGUGAGGUUACACAAAAUCAAAGUAACUUCGUAUUUUUGGCUUAUUGACUUUCUGGCUAAUUCACCAAAACACAAGUGAAUUUGUUAAUACCCAUUUAACUGUAGUGUUUUUUCUUAGUGACCAUAAAAGUGAACUACAAAAUUCCUCACUUCUUACAAUAAUUCACUAAAUUACAUAAGACAGGAAAUGAGAGUGUUAGAGGAAGAAAUAUUUUACGAUUGUUUUCCUUAUUGAAGUACGUAUCCAAUCCUGGUUUCUAACAAUUAUACAAAUUCCUCUGAUGCUUAAUGAAGUUAUGUAAUAGUCCAAGAUCUAUAAACUUGUUCAACACCACUCUUCUAAGGACUUUGUACCUUCCAAUGAGUUGUGGAGAGUUUUUUUUAAAUGUCAACUGGGAUGUGACUAUUAAAACCUGCAUUUAAAGUAGGAAUUAUAGACUUAAUAACUACAUUAAAUCUGCCAUUUUUAAGUCCAAAAUGAGUAUAUACUCUGUUCUUUUAAAGGUAUAAAACUGUUUGUUACAAAUUGAUCCAAGUAUUGUAAAAAGUAUUUUGUAUAGAUUUUAUUAGAAAGCUUUUGUUGAUCUAAUUUGCCAUAAUCCAAUAGUUAUGUAAUUUUACAGGUGCUCAAUUUAAUCAGUCAGACUAGCCAUAAAAUGUCAGCUAUUUUGCUAUGAAAACUACAUCCAAAGUAGUAGCUAAAUGAAAUGACACCAUAUAAAACUGGAAAAGUUAAUAGUAUCUAUAGUGUGAUGUAGGAAUUUCUGAUUAGUGAUGUACUACAGAAAACUUCAAUCCCAUGUUGUAUUUGGUGUUUUUUUUUUAACUGGUUUGUCAGUCCUUCAAAGCUAAUCUUCCUUGUAUUAUUUAAAGACAGUUGUAAUACACUAUUUAAUUAGUGGUUGUGUUACUUAAAGGACAGACUUUCAAAACAGGCCUGGUUCAUUAGUGCACUGAGAAUUGGAAAGCACUAGCUUGAUAAUAAAGAUCACUUCUGAGGAGUACAUGAUCAUGGUUUACAGUCUUUCUUUAUUGUUUUUUAAAAUUCUUAAAUCAAAGAACUAUAUAAUAAAUUGUCUGUGAAAAGUCACUUUGGGCAAGAGAUUCUGAAAAACUAAAAUAUCUUUUGUCAUAAAAAUACAUGCCAUCUGCUGCUCUUAUGGGAUCAGAGGAUAUUUACAGCCAUGCAAAUAGAACUGAACAGCUCAUAUGGUCAAACAUCCAUACCUCAAACAUGAUAAAGCCUUAAAUGUACUGAACUGUAAAAGCAUGCAUGUCCUUUCAAUAGUGAAAAUUGCUUUUUAAAAGUGACUGUAAACUCCACAAAAUGCUUAAUAUUAAACAAAAAAUAAAGCCCUAUAUAUUUUCUACUAAGUACUUUUUGGGUUACUAUUGUUUUGCCUGAACAUGGAACAAGCUUCUACUUCUAGCAGUUUGGAAUAGAAACUGCCUCCUACAUUUUAUUAGGGGGUAAAACGCAACUACAAGAAGAGAUCAAUAUUCGGUUUUCAGUUUUGUGGAACAGUUGAGAGGUAAUGUGCAAUGACAGCUACUGUACAAAAUUUUAGAAGUUAGGUAUUCUCCAUACAUGGUAAUCAAUAAAUUUGAUUACCACUUCCCCUCGUCCCCAAUUUCAUUCAGCCACAAUUGAAGCCAAUGUCUCCAAUUACUGGAGGUAGACUUGUUCUUUAUACCAUUUGAAAGCUGUUUAUAUCAGUGGUCUUCAGUUUACCAGAUGUGUUUAUAUGUUUCCAUUUUACUUCCACUCCAGCCAGCUGAUCUGUCCAAAAGCAACUCAACAUCUGCUCCAAUAGUUAAGGAGAACUCCUAAAUGCUACUGUAUGAGAUCUUAUGUCAACCCUUUAAGUCUACAUUCACAAACACACUUAGACAGGCUGAUGGCGAAUGUUUCUAUGCCUAACUUCCAGGUGCCCAGAUCCUAGAAUCCAUAAAGCCUGAGUUAGACCUUAGAGGUGGAUUCAGAAAAAAAGCCAGAAUACGAGGUAGCUCCCUGAAGAUACGUCUACACUACUGCGGGUUUUUGCACAAAAACCUUGAGCAUCCACACCUCUCGCACGUUUUUGCUCAAGAAAAUUUAGUUAAUCACCAGAACAGAGGGAUUUUUGAGGUGUAGGUAAUC